GUUCAGUAUGAUAGCCUCGGGUAUUUUAUGCCACCCACAGGAGUAGGCCAUGCAAUAACUGUUGACAUUCAUGGUAUCAGAACAUUGCUUUCUGUACGGUAGUGAACCAUCGGACAAUGAGCGAUCACGUCAUUUGAUGGGAUCAUUGGCAAAUACCCCAACACUUCGAGGGAAAGAUUGUUCCAUUCUUAGACAUCAAAGGUUUCAAGAAGGGUAGCGUCUACUAUUAGCGUUGGUUUUAAAUUGGAUUUAAAUAAUAUAUUCGAGGUUGUUACGACAAAUAUUUGACACUUACAAAAAUGUGAAUAACCUCGAAUAAAUCUAAUUGAUUCCAAGCAUGAUAUAAUGAUAUCAACAACCAAUGGGAAACAUGCAGGCCAUACUGCUGCUAAAGCUGUUGAUGAUACAAAUACAAGGGAUCGCAAUUCACUCAUUUCCAAGUAACAAUGGUAGAGGACAUAGGCUCAUAUCAUGAAUCAAACAAUAAAAGUACAUUAAUUAAUUCUUAAAGGUCGGCUUCGUCUCCCAGUGUCGAUACAUUGACUAUGCAAUCAGAGGGCAAGCAAAAGAGACAAUCAACAACAGUGGGGAGAUUAGGAAAUCAUUAGCGAACGAUGCCCUACAUAGACGACUACUGCAACACAGGGCAUUGACCACUAUGGCCCGGGCAUCGUCAUACAGCCACAAGCUGCUAUGCGGGCUGUUAUGUGAGAAGCAAAUCGUAGAAGAUCAUAUAAGAACGUUAGAUGUGACCAUCUCAGACAUGAAGAAACCAGCUUUCAGUGGAUGCAUCAAAAAUGAGGACACGGGAGAUGAAAUGUGGGGAAUAAUUAAUGAUAUGAUAUUUGCUGCAUUUGACAAUGCCAGCACUAAGGCAUCUGCUAAAUGUGUUAUCUUGCUACCAAGCCACGAGAUACAAUCUGUCAUCACCGACUCCUUGCAUCUUAAUCUACCGCCAUUCUUGGCGAGCCAAAUUCCAAAAUAUCGCUUCGUUAUCGAGGAACCGACCGCUGAUAAGGAUUACGUGUUUAGUGUAGAAACAAGAGAACAUCUGGAGACCUGGAUCACGAAGCUGCAGUCUGCGGUUGAACUAGACACUGAUAUAUUUUGUCGAGGUUCCAAAAACAAAAAUAAAUCACCACCUGAUAACAACUCCAAAUUAAAAAACACCAUCCAUUUCAAAAAUGUAAUUAAUACAGAACGUGAGAGUGCAAUUUCAACGGAUCAGUCAAAACAACCAGAUGUGAUUCAUCCUGAAACAACAAACAAUCAAACUAACUUAGAAAAGUCAUCAAUUAAUCAAAAUCAGUUAAAUUCCCUUAGUUCAAAGACGUACAAAAAUACAACUAUCGACCAAUAUAUACCCGUGCCAAAGCGAAGUUAUGUGCCAGAAAUGAACGCUUACAGAUUGUCACAAAAUAACAGAAGCUCGUAUGAUCUUAAUGGAAGUGUCACCAAUGCACAGAUAAGUGUCGAUGAUGUGCGUAUCAAUAACAUGUGUGACAUAUGUCCUGUAUCAUACAGCGCAGGUAUCAAUGAGUGUGGAGAUAAUACGGCAGCAUCAGCCGUAGUUUAUGAAGAGACUGUUAGCACUGAGGCUCCUGAGACUGCAGAAGAAGGGCUAAGCCCGACACCAUACGCUAAUGACUAUAUAGAUUAUGCUACCACAAUGGACAAGGACAAUUCUGAUGAAUAUGAACAAAGUGUCCCUAAGUUACAUUUCAAGGAGAUGUCUAUUAUUCGCCCAGUGAAAAGCACAGACAGUCCAUUGCUAGCAAAGAGAAUUGGAUCGCUGUCCAAACUGCUACAGUCCAGCACAGAGGAUCUCUCUAAAAGGCCCCUUAAGGUGAAACGCAGUAAAAGUCUGCAGAAAUCCAGAGCUGGAAGUCUCACAAUAGACGUGCACUCUACCCCCAAUGAUCAUAAACCAGUCAUGGGUGCACCAAAGAGAAACAGGCUUGUGACAAGAAUCUCAUCAAUCAAAGAUAUCUUCUUGAAGAAGAGGAAGGAGUAUCUAAAGUUGGGAUGUCUUAAAGAUAUCACAAUAUCUGGAUACCUGUGCUAUAAACAACUACUAAAAUGGUCUAAAUUAUGGGCGGUAACUUCAGAAGGAUAUCUUUACGGGUACAAAACAGACGCUCCUUCUGAAACUCCGUCGUUUGCAGCCAAUUUAUGUGGAGGGGACUUGAAGCACGAGAAGGGGGAUAAAAAGCAACCAUAUUGUUUCAAAAUUGUGCAAUCUAAUAACAAAUCGUUCGUAUUUGGUGCAACGGAUAAUUUUGAGCUGACUCGAUGGAUGGGUGUUCUCCAAAGGGAAAUGAUAACAACGAAAGCAGUGCCAAAUGAUAAUAACAAUGACAGUGCAGUACGCGAACGGACAUCGAGUGCAUCAAAAGCGGAUCGUAAAAUAGUUCCCAAAGUCUCACAUAGAGCGUUUAAUUCUGAAUCUCAUUUGAGGGUAGCCGAUUUGUUCAAUUCACAUAGAAUCAAUGAUAAAUCUGGGACCAAAAGUAAAAUACAACAAGAGCACAUCAAAGGGCAAAAUGACCUGAUGAAACGCGAAAAUGAUAAUCCAAGAACAGAUGGACGAGAGAAUGCAGAAGUUACUGACAGUACCAAGAAUAUAGACCUUAAAUUACAUAGUACAAAUAAACAAUCGGAAAUAGGAAGUAAUAUUAUCAAGGUAAAGUUCCAGCUGUCAGCCCUUCCUAAUGUACCGACUAUAGCCACGUUUAGACAGCACGCCAUGAGGACUGAUGAGGAUGGUCCUACCAAACAAAACAAUAAUUAUAUCAACUCUUCUGAACCAAUAAAACAACAGAGACCCGCUGAUGCUCCCGAACAGCAGGUAAUUAAAGACCAUGUAAGGCCCAAGCACAAGGAAAGAUUCGAAACUCCAACUCAGGCAGUCUUAGCGAGAGUGAGAAAUAACAAGGAUUGUACGACUAUGGAGGAUGUUGAUUCCCGUUGCAGUAUCGGAAGUGCCAGCAGCCUUCUUAGCACAGAUUCAUACUCAGACACAUCUGUUAAUCGUCGCUCUGGAGGAAGUGAUCUCAAGCAGGAAUUACUGGCCGAGAUGUUGAAGACCAAAGAGCAGUUACAAUAUCGGAAAUCUGGCAAAGACCAGUGUCUGAAUUCCCCUGGGAACGUUCACCAAAGAUCCCACACAGACCCAGUGACAUUAACAAAUGCCCCCUUCGGAUCACCGAGGGUACGUAAGGCUGACAUAGCCAAUAAAUACCACAGGGCACAGGUGGCGGAAGAAAUGAAGACGGUCCGAGACAUGACAUACCUAAAACAAAGAAAAAUAUCAACACAGUUAAAGAUGGAAACCUUACAGAAAAUGAAUCUCGAGUCAUCACCAAAGACACAAAGGAAGCAAGCGUUCAUGCCCUUCAAGACGAAGAAAAAACCACAGCCCCGUAUUGUGGGUCAGAAUCUCAUGGCUGAAGAGAAACUCAAAGAACUCUCUGAGAAGCUUGAGCACAUAGAUAAAAACCUUUCGCUACAGGAAGCAAACAAGGAGAAAGCAUUGAAGGAUCUUUCGUGCAAACGCCAAAGAGAAAUGACUCUUGUUGAACAUCAAGAAGAGCUAAGGCAAAGCGUAGAAGAAGUUCUCAAAAAUAUUAACACUGAAAAACGAUCGCAGACAAAACCAAUCAAUGUUCCAAAUUCACCACAUAAUAUUUUGGAUACAAUGAGCUUGUCACCAAAAGAAUCCAACGGAUUAGUCACUGUACAAGAAUCUGGUAUGGACAAUGGUUCGCCAAAUGUAGGAUGUAAGAGCCCUAGUAGGUAUUCGGUCAACAGCUCAGGAUCAGGAAAUAGCACAAACUCAGAUGACUCCCAGCAAAGUUCAGGUCGAAGACGCAAAAACUGGGAUCCCCAAGCCAUCGAGCACAUGAAAGCAUUGACUUACGCAAAUAAAUUUCUGGAAUUUCCCCAAAGUGGUGGUCAUUUAGAUGGUGUUCUAUCUGAAAAAGUGUCUACUGUUAAUCUUAUUGACUCUGAGAGUUCUGAUGACUCAGAUGCAGUGUUUAACGAUCCUCUGUCAACUGAUCUUUCUCAACAGUUUGAGAGUUCUACGCUUGAACACUCGAAAACAAUUGAUAGCCAUGAACCAAAUGGACUCAGUCCCAGGGGUAGCACCACAACGUACAAACCUGGUGGGAUGAUUAGUGCUAAAACAUUGGCUGAAAUAGAGGAUUUCGAACUGCUCACAAAACAACUGAUGGUAGCAAACCUGAAGAAAUCUGAUGUUUGAACUUGAACCCUGAUGAGUUGGUAGUGACAUAUGCCAGAAUGGAUCCUCAUAAUUACCAUCAGUAAAAUUCGGGUCCUAUUUGGAAUCGACAUCACUGAGAUUUAUCCCGGAUUAACGAAUAAAUAUUGUUUACUUCAAGUUCAUUGGCAGUAGCGAUAUUGUUAGGGUAAAAGACACUGUGCAGUAAAACACAACAUGCUGACUGAAACAUUGACCCAAUUACUCACCUGCCAGCAGGUCUAGUCUAUUCAAUUACGAUUUGCGACAGAUGCAUAUUCCAACUUGUAGACUUGUUAUGAUUUAGGACCAUGCGAUAAUUGGACCAUUUCCCCUAACGCCCAUGUGAGAAUCACAAUCCCGAUCACAAUCAAAAAUGAGCCUUUCAUUACCAACGCCAUUAAAGGAAACGAUAUGCUUUAACGAUCAUGAUGAUCAUCGUAUGAAAGAUGAUGUUUGUAAUGAAUGGCAGUGUGUGUGGAUACAAACUAAUAUUUGUUGGUUUAUUUGUAAAGAUAAUCAAUAGAGUAAACACUACAUGAACAUGAACAUUCAAUUUUAGAUUUUCAUUUUCAAUAUUUCGAGUAAAAAAUCAAAAAGAUUGAUGAUUCGUGACGAUCACGAAUACGACCGACGAUGAACAAGUGAAGCUAGAUUUUAUCAUUGUUCUAGAACAAGAACUGGAUCUAGAAUAUCGAAAUUUGAUUUCAAAUAAAUAGGUAAAACAUAGUUACUUCUAUUUGUUUCUUCCAAUUUUCUAACUUCUCUUAACUGGGACUAGAGCCUAGAGUCUCCUAAAAGACAUCCAAAUGAUACAUAAGCAGAAUAACUCCAAAGGUCAAGGACGUUUGUAUAUCACGUGACUUAUCUUAGUGCCAUCUAUUGACGCCACAACUACCUAGACAUAAAUUGCAUUGCAUCAAAACAUGUCAAAUACGCAAGUACAAUCAAUGGACUGAGGGAAUUUAAGGGAAACAAAUUAUCUUAUGAAACAGAUAUAAAAAAAACAGAAAUAUCAAAGAACAACAAGUUGUAAAGAAAGAAACCCAAUACCUAAACAAAAUCAUAGGUCUGCAUAAUGGAACAGUUCAGUCUAUCCGAUGGGCACAGCAAGCUUACAAGACGGAUACCCUAAGAGCAGUCAUUUUUAACAGCUCGUAAAGAUAUUUUGCUAGGGUUUCUGUCCACUGAACCCAUGUUUAUUGAAACAAGGAACAUUGAGAUACAAUGGUAUGGCCGCUGGACCCUCCCCCUCC